GGCGACUCAAGUCUAGCCAUCCCACUCCUUUGUAAGCUCGUGGCCAGCAUACAUUCACACCAUCGCACACCCAUACACUCACCUCCGCAUAUACCAUCAUCACCCCUCAUGGCUCCGGUAGCAGCAUCCCACGCUGCUGACAAGGCCACCCACGCCGCCAAUGCAGCCUCGUCGCAGGCCCACACCGCUGCAUCGCGCCUCUCACGGUGGGUGGAGGACAACAAGAAUCUCGCCGUCGCCCUAGGAAUCGGUACAGUGGUGGCUGCAGGAGGAGGUGCCUACUACUACUUUGGAACACAGAGCAGCAAGUCUAGCAGGAGACCAAAGUCUCCGCCUUCUUCGAGGGUCGGCGACGAUGGAGAGAAGAAGUCUGCCGCGGAGGACACAAAGGAGGCAGAGUCGGGGACUUCGGCCGCUGCCGCUAGUGCUGCGAAGAGCAAGAAGAAGAAGAAGGGCAAAAAGACGACCGGUGGAGGACCUUCCAUAGAUGAAGGCUUGAAGAGCAGAGAUGGUCCUCUGUUGGAAGAGGCAUCGGACGAGUCUCUCUUCGCUCUCUCUCCGGAAGAGAUUGCAAAGCUACCACAGGAGCGCCGUGUGCCGCUUGCUCAAGCUCUCAAAGCCCAGGGUAACAAAGCAUACUCCUCCCGCAACUUCCAAGAAGCCAUUACCCUCUACACCAAGGCCAUUGCCGCUCAGCCGCUAGCUGUCUUCUUCUCAAAUCGCGCCGCUUGCUACUCCAAUCUCGGCAAGCAUCGCGACGUCAUCUCCGACUGCAACUCUGCCCUUGAGACAGAUCCAGCAUACGUCAAGGCAUUGAACCGUAGGGCGAAUGCACAGGAGCAGAUUGGUCAGGAUGCCGAUGGCGACAAACCAGGCAAGGAACUCGAAGAGAAGAAGGACCUUCUGUAUCAAAGUCUGUGUGACUUCACCGCUGUAGCUAUCCUGGGCGGCUUCUCAGACACAGGAGCCACAGAGAGCGUGGAAAGGGUGUUGAAGAAGCUGGCUGCUGUCAAGGCACGAGAAGUGCUGAGGACAAGAGAGCCAAAGCUGCCAUCGCCUACCUUUGUGACCGCUUACCUGGAGGCCUUCCGCAAGAAGCCGAUGCCCACUUUGCCAGAGAAUGCUUCGCAGGCAGACCAGACCCUCCUGCUUGCCUUCGAGGCUCUGGAAGCUCGCAACUACCCCCACGCCUCGUCUUUGUUCAACGAGGCAGUAGAGCAGGGACCUAGCACUGACGAGCUCAAGUCGCUCGCAUACAACAUGCGUGGUACCUUCCGCUUUAUCAUCGGUCAGGCUACCGAGGCCCUCGAGGAUUUGAACAACGCCACCGAUCUGCAGCCCAGCUACGUACAGAGCUGGGUGAAGAAGGCUUCAGUCCACAUGGAGCUUGGAGACAAGGAUGAAGCCUUUGCAGACUUCGACAAGGCUGUCAAGGCCAACUCGGAAGACCCUGACAUCUUCUAUCACCGAGGUCAGGUUCACUUCAUCCUCGGUCAAUACACUGACGCAAUGGCCGACUAUGACAAGUCGACGAGUCUGGACAGCAGCUUUAUCUUCUCUCAAGUACAGCACGCCGUUGCACAGUACAAGCUGGGCAACAUCACCCAGUCCACCAGCGCUUUCAGAAGUCUCCUGCAGCGCUUCGGCGACUCUUCGGAGGCCUUCAACUACUAUGGUGAGCUGCUGCUGGACCAGCAAAAGUUCGAGGACGCAAUGCGGAACUUUGACCGAGCCAUUGAGAUUGAGGCGGCCAAGGAUCGCUCGCGCAACGUCUUGCCAAUGAUCAACAAGGCUCUUGCCCUCUUCCAGUGGAAGCAAGACAUGGCAGCUGCCGAGAGACUCUGCCGGGAAGCUCUCAACACCGAUGAGGACUGCGAUGUUGCUGUAGCUACGCUGGCUCAGCUGAGCUUGCAGCAGGGUAAGCUGCCAGAGGCAAUUGAGUGGUUUAGGAGGAGCGCACAGAUCGCUAGGACGGAGCCGGAGUUGAACAACGCGAUUACCUACGAGAAUGCUUCGUUGGCGCAGCUGCAAUUCAUCAAGAACUUCCCCGAGCAAGGUGCUGCCCUCUCGGCCAUGGCAGGUGGCGGUCUAGCAUGAUACAGACCCUGCCUCCUCAAUCAAGUCCUCUAUCCCUGCCUUGCCAUGCCCUGUCUCCUUUGCAAUCCACGCCUCAUCUAGCUUCACCACUCGUGCCUGUUCUGACGGAACUAGUCGCGUCCAGCGCUCCUAUCCAACCUCGUACUCCUACCCGCACUCGCACUCUUAUCAUGUAGUCUUGUACGCCCUGUCCCUCCUCAUUCAUCUCUGCUCUUCCUCCUUCUCCUCCUCCUCCUCCUUCUUCUAGUCGCAAUCGCGAUCGAGGUCGCGUUCAUCUCUGCAAUGAAAAGAAACGAAGUAAAGCAAAGGCAAAGUGCUCUGGUGUGAUGCCGUCUGGACAGCAUCUGCUUCGCAAGAGCAAGAUGGGGAAGGAAAAGGGGGGAAGCUCAGAGUGACUUGGGUGAU